AAGAGCUGAAUGAGGAUUACAAUGCGUAUGAUGCUAGAGACAGGAGGUAAUAUUAACAGAAUGUUCUGAAUCUCUCUUCAUCUCUUUUUUAUUCUCCAAUCAUCUUCUUUCUUUGGAAUAUCAUUUAGCUAAGUGCCUCUGCUGCUAUAGCCAGGGUGAUCUCAUCUCUUGUGCACCAGGACUGAAGAGUGAGUAAGGACCUAGCUGGGAACUCCCUGCCAAAGAGAGGGAGAGAGAAGAAAGCUAUCAGGGGACACACUGGGAUUCAGUGUGGACCUGAGGGAGAGCCGAGGAGGUAAGAUGAGUCAAAACAACGGGGACACACUGACAGCCCGUGGACCUGACUUGACCAGCAUCAGCAAGUUGAAGCCCUCCACCCCCACCAGGAAACCUAAACCUCCAAAGCCGGAGAAUGCCAUCACCAUCGGCGUGUCGGCACGAGUCCUCUUCAACAUGGAGAAGGAGCAGCAGAUCUACGAGCAGCAGGGCCUUGAAGACUACAUCAAGUAUCAGGUGGAGCAUGAAACGCAGCCUUUCAGCCCCGGCCCUGCCUUCUCCUUUGUCAAGGCUCUGGAGGCUGUGAACACUCAACUGAGGGAGCUUUACCCUGACAGCGAGGAGCUGUUUGAUGUGGUGCUCAUGACUAACAACCAUGCAUACGUUGGCCUAAGACUUAUCAAUACCAUCAACCAUCACCAGUUGUUCAUCGAGCGCUUCUGUAUGACGGGAGGGAACAGUCCCAUAGGCUACUUGAAGGCCUACCACACUAACCUGUACCUGUCUUCUGAUCCAGACAAGGUUCGAGAAGCUCUGGAAGAAGGUAUAGCAGCAGCUACCAUGUUCACCCAAGAGAAGAUAACGGAAGUGUCGGACACCCAGCUGCGAGUCGCCUUCGAUGGUGACGCCGUCCUCUUCUCUGAUGAGUCUGAGCGCAUUUACAAGGCCCAUGGACUGGACAAGUUCUUUGAGCACGAGAAGGCACACGAGAACAAGCCUCUAGACCAUGGACCCCUGAAAUGUUUCCUGGAGGCUUUAGGAAAGCUGCAGAAGAAGUUUUACGGCAAAGGUCAGCGCAUGGACUGCCCCAUCCGUACCUACUUGGUGACCGCUCGCAGCGCAGCCAGCUCUGGUACCAGGGCUCUGAAGACUCUGCGCUCGUGGGGUCUGGAGAUCGAUGAGGCUCUCUUUCUGGCAGGGGCACCCAAGGGCCCCAUGCUUGAGAAGAUCAGGCCGCACAUUUUCUUUGAUGACCAGAUGUUUCAUGUGGAGGGGGCAGCAGAAAUCGGGACAGUAGCAUGCCACGUGCCCUAUGGGAUAUCUCAGGCAUCAGCACCAAAGUAGCCUGAACAUCACUGGGUUACAACUGUAUAUUUACCUGUUAUUUUAUCCAUUGUUUUCUACGUUUUCAGUUAAUAAAAAAAGGUACAACUUUCUAACAAGAGCUCAACCAAACCCUUUAUCAUUUGUUCCUAAGCUUUAAGUAAGGUUUUUUUUAGACUAUUCAGGGUGCAAAAUCAUAUGACUAUGUUUUAAAAAAGACCAAAAUAAAUUAUAAAACCACAUAAAUGAUCCACUAAUGAUUUGUUAACAUUUAUUACAGUACUAUUACUAAAUAGAGUAUACACCAGUCAAGGGAUCAUUCACAACCUUGACACCUAUCUCUGCUUCUUAACCUGCCUCCCCGUUUUUUUUUACUGCUUUUGGUUCCGCAUUCCUGCCAAACCCUGACAGAACAAACUCACCAAGAUGGACCCAGCAGUACUUUUUAGGAUGACCUUUAUGAUUUAUCUCACAAGCUUUUAUGCAUUCUUGUGGAGUGGAGGAGAGCAACUUGUAAAGAGGCUCAGGAGGCUGCUCUUUCCCUUCCAUGCCGGGAAGUGGCUGAUAAGCCCUGGUUAUGGAGCUCACUGCCAGGCUUUUGAAGGAACUUUGUGAAUUCCUCCAAUAGACUGCACGCCUGCUUUAAACUCCUGUUACCCCUGUGCUCCGGAUGCUGUGUCUCCAGAGGGGUCCCACAGGCCUCCUGCCCGUCCUAACUUGGUCCCAUCUGCCGUCCUCCAGAGUGGUCCCUUUAAAAAACAUAAAACAUCUUAUCAAAAUAAAGUAUAUUUUAAAAAAAAGAAGCAGAACCAAAUAUCCCAAAAAAACACAGAUUCAAAGCAAGAUUUAUUUACACACCAUCAAAUGAACUGUUGGGGAAAUAUUUUCCUAGGCCCAUAACUUUGACCUAGUCUAUCAGCUUGAACUGCCCUCGCUGAGCACAGGCCUGUGACCUUGGGCUGCUGUGCUCUCUGUGUCCCUAUUCCUGCCUGUUGGCGUCAGCUGAUAGAGGUGUUAUCGUUCUGUGCCUGAUUUAUCUUGUCAUGCAAAAUGUAAAUUAUUUUCUCAUAACCAGCUAAAUACAUGGGACUGGGGGAGACAUCUUCAGAAUUGGUUUGGACAAGAGCUGUAUCACCUCAUGGCUGCAGCCAAUGUCUUUGUCAAUCCUCCAGCCGUAAUUUAAAAUAAAUCCUUAGUGUUUGCCAUCAAGUUCCAGCUCUCCCAUAAUCUCAUUGUGUUUCGACUCCACACUCCAGAAACCUCCGAUUGUUUUUGAAAAAGAGGGAGUCUGAAUGCAGCCGAGAUGUGAUUUAUGCAGAAUCUCAAUUUAGAAGUAAACAGUUCUGUCAAUUCAUUGCUUGUCUUUGUGUUUAAGAGUUUGGAAGCUUUUGCCUUUUUUGUCAAAUUGGCAUGUUGUUGAUAUCAGUCUGUUGUAAAUGUGUUUUUUUGAUCGAUGUGUAUGAAUGUAUUUUGAAAAUGGCAAAUUUGUGAAAUUAACAAUUUUACAUAAUAUUUAUUUAAAAUGUAUUCCUGUUCAAUACAUAAUACACUCAGCGUUUAUUGACAUGCAUCUUGUGCAUUUUUUGUUUCUGCUACUUGACCCCAAAGUGUAGAAGGUUCAAUGUCUCUCUUGUUGCUUGCCGGUCUGUCUCAUUCUGUCAUUCAGUAGUUGUUAUAUUUUAUAAAGUCCAUGGUCACUCUUUGUAUGAGUGUGAAGCAAGUUGGUAUUGACUGAAAAAUUUUGUUAUGAUAAGGAAUCUUGGUAAAUCUGGGCCAAAUGUGGACUGUUUAAGUAAAAAUGUGAUGAAUGUAUUAAAAUGUUAGGAAAAUAUCACUAUGUUCUUUACUCCCUCACCCCUAAAAAUAGCUCAUUGGUUAUGCAGAGGUGAACGUUUCAGACUCUUAUUCAAGGAUUUUAAUAAAAAGC